UAUGUAUGUAGGUACAUGGAUGUGUGUAUACAGAAAGAAAACUAUUUAUGUGAUCCGUUUAUGAAUCUGAGGUAGUGCAGUUCACGACAAAUACAGUGACUGAUUUUGUAUUAACCACAUGAUAUAUAAUUUAAUAUUACACAUAUCUGAGAAGUGCAGUAUUCGUCUUGCAAUGUGUUAAAUAGUUGUUUUAAAUACAAUGUAAAUGGAUACUCAACACUAGUAUACUUGCCGAUGAAAAGAUCACAAUAUGGCAGAACAACAACAAUCGCCUCCUGGCUUUAAGCACAUGUCCUUAGAUAAAAUUAUUGAAACUAUGACUGCUGAUUUAGAAAGCUCCAAUGGUCAUUACCUCCAGUUUGGUAUAAACUCACAACAAACUACGUCUCAUAAUUGGGGAGAUUAUUCAUCAGGCCAAACAAGACAUUAUAUUACUAGUCAAUCACCGCACCCUACUUCACCUGCAAUGCAAUCAAUGACACCAAUGAAUACUCCUUUAUAUAUGCAAGAUAUGUCGAAUUAUGAUUCUACCGCAGAGUCCAUUUAUUUUCCAUCUCAAACAGUGAAUCAUUUAGGUAUCAAUGAAAACAAUGACUUGAUAGGUACAAUAGAUGUUGGAGGAGGCAAUUACAUUAAUGUAAUAUAUGGAAAUGCUUCUCAAAUCAUGGCAGAGCAAUGUCAGUUUUCAAAUAUAACGUCAUAUAGAAACCAAAACAUAAUUGACAGAGAAUAUGGUCUUUUUAACGAUAGACAUAUUACAGUACCAUCUGAUUUGCCAACACAAAACUUUAAUGGCAAACAGUUAAUCGAUAAUUUAGUUGGUAAUUGGGUACCAAAUCAAUCUGGUACAUAUAGUCCCUUUGGUAGUUCCCCAAAUGUAACUCCAAUACCACAAUCAUCCUCUGAUAUUAGAGAACCAGAAGAAUUACCUAGGAGUUCCACAGAUUCUCAGCAUAAGAAACCUCGUGCGAUAGCAGAAGUAAAACCUAUGCGACCAUCUUAUUCAGAUGUAUUGACAAAAUCUGCUCCAGCUACACCAUCUCCUUUAACAGUUCAAUCGAUAAAACCAAAACCUGAAUCUAUGAAUAAAAAGAUAUCCAAUAAAAAUUCAAAAAACAAAUCUAAAUCCGCUGUAUUGAAGAGACAAAAUUCAUCUGGAAGUGAUGACCAUAAUUCUCCAAAGCUACAAGUACCACGAAAGAUCUUAGAAAAGAAUAAUUCGAAUCUUCCACGGCGAUGGGUGUCACUAGACAAUCUAGGUUUGCAAACUGAAUCUCAUGAAAUAAAUACUUUUGAUAGAUCUAAUCAAUUUGAAAAGAAAAAAAUGUCUAAAACACUUAAGAAAACAGAGAAAGGAGAAACACUUAAUAAUUCAAAAAUUCAAAAUAGUAAUUCUAAAUCUGUUGGAAAUAUUCCAAAACGUCCUAUACAAAUAAAUAAUAAUUUAAACACAAUAAAUACAUCCAGUCAAACUGUUUCUCUUGAAAAAAUGGAGAAAAAUCAACAAGUCAUAAAUAAAACAUGUAAAGAAGAAAAGAAAAUUGUUAAAGAAAAAAAUUCCAAACGUUUCCAAGCUGAAAAAGCGCAGCAAAUUAAAAAAGCUCAAAGAAAUCGCAGGCGAGAAAACAGAGAAUCACCAGUGAAAGAUUUAUGUAAAAAUUUAAAUAAAUAUGCUAGCCGUUGGUGUAAAAUUGGAUUAAAAAUAUUUCAUUGGCUAUUACACUUAGUAUCUGAUGUAGUUAGUAUGAGUGCCAAUCUUAUUAUUCAACUUGGUAAAUGUGGAUGGUAUCAUACCAUACUUUAUUUAAAAUACUUGUGGGUUUACUUAGCUAUGACAUUUUCCAAAAUUCGUAUUUUAAAUGCUGUUGGUAAACAAUUAGAUAAUUGGUUUGGUAACAGCAAAUUUGCAUUUUGGCGUAAAAUAAGAGCUAAAAGUGAAGAAAAAGAAGAAAAUAGUAAUUGGAUACGUGGUGGUCUUGAAACUAAUAUCGCAUUACCUAGCACUGGCGAAGAAGCUAUGAAAAGAUUAUUAGCUUGUAAAGGAAAGGACCCUUAUAGUAUACUUGGUGUAACACCAACGUGUUCAGAUGAUGAUAUUAAGAAAUAUUAUAAAAGACAGGCUUUCUUAGUUCAUCCUGACAAAAAUAAUCAGCCAGGCGCAGAGGAAGCAUUCAAAAUACUUGUACACGCGUUUGAUAUAAUUGGCGAACCGGAACGCAGACAAGCUUUUGAUCAAACUAGACAAGUAGAAGCAGCUUGGGGCGAAUUAAGUGAUUUGCUCUCUCAACUUCAUAGAAAAAUGGAACAGGCAGCAAAUACAAUAAGGUGCACAAAUUGUGGCUUGAGGCACAAAAGAAUUCCUACACAACGUCCUUGUUACGCAGCGCGAUUUUGUGCUCAAUGUAAAAUACGUCAUAGCGCGAAAGAAGGAGACAUUUGGGCAGAAUCUCGUUUAAUGGGUUUUCUUUGGCAUUACUAUGCCUGUAUGGAAGGAGCAGUAUAUGAUGUUACUGAUUGGGCAGCUUGUCAAGCUGGUAACUUAAAACAUCUAAGAGCCAAUACACAUAGCAUUCAAUAUAGAAUCGUUUUGGGUCAGCGACCACCAUCGCAAACAACUAACUGUGGUAAAAAGAGACAACAAAUAGAUCCAAACACGAGUGAAGCAGAUUUUGAGGACUUUUUAAAUAAUUUAUAUAACCAUAGUAAAUCCGGAACUUCAAGCGCACCAGGAGAUCAAAACUCCUUUAGAGAUUGUAAGCGGCGUAAAACUAAACGUAAGAAGUAAAGAUGGCAAGUUACUUCUUAAUCUUUUAGUAUUCUUUAUGUAUAAUUACACGGUAAUAUACAUACUUCUCUAACAAACUUUCAUAUUCUUGAAACAAAUGUCGAUAAUAUUCAGUGAUUUUUAGCACAAUAUACAAAUUGUAUUAGAAAAAGCUCUAAAACAAGAUACAUAAAAUUUGUUAAAAUUAAAAUUUACUUUAAAUACAAAUACAAAAAGUACAUUAUAUGUACGUUAUGUUAAAUAUAAUAAAAAUGUUUGAAUGCGUUAUAAAUUACAAUUUAAAAAAAAAUGAGAUUAAUUUUGAACUUAAAUAUUAGGAGAAUUUUGUCUGGAAUAUUAAUCAUUUUCAUAUUAUAUUUCUAAUACAGAUUAAAGAUUGGAGAAGAGAGAAGUAUUGAAAAAUUAAUAAUUACAACACUUGUUGAACUAUAAAUGACCCUUUAAUUUAUCCUAAAUAUAAUACUCAUUAUUAAUAUUACAGUAGUAUUUUAACAUAAUGUGCAAACCGAAGCUGCAUCGAUUUGCUUUCAUUUCAAUGAAACUGAAAAGCAAUGAAAAAAAUUCAAGAAUUGUAUAUCACAAAACACAUGAAAUAUGGCGUCUACUUUCAGUAAAGUAUCAAUUUACCUAUGCGAUAUGAGUAUAUAGAAUCUUUUCAUUAUAUGUUAUAUGAAUUUUCAUAACAUGCUUUACAUUUUUUUUCAUUUUUCAAUGACAGUCAAAAUAGUAGUCUCCGCAUGUAAUUGAUGUAUAUAUUAACAAUGUUAUACAAGUAAUAGUCCAUGUCCGCCGAUAUUAUAAGUUUCUGCAUCAUCAUUAUUUACUGUGAGCCAUGAUCUCUGAAUAUUUAUAAUUGGUAGCCUGGUAGCCUAUAAAAACUAAAAUAAUUGGCGUUGUAUAAAAUAAGACUGAUUUUUUUUCUUUCUUUGUUAUUCAUAAGUUAUAUACUAGAUAGAAAUGUUUAAAAUACUCUACUUCAUGUUCUUUGACAUAUAAAUUGAAAAAAUGAAUGAAUUUAUUCUUUUAAAUUGCAUGCAAAUGCUAUAACUAUUUAAACUUCAACCUGCGGAUAAUUGUAAUGUACAAAUUUCAUUCUGCAUCAUACAAGGUACACUACAAAUAAUACAAUUAACAAAAGUAAGGUAAAAUAUACGUAGAAAUUAAUGAAUGGGUUAUAAAACAUUUAUUUAUGUUUCUUUUGUAUAAUAAAACUGUGCAAUUCUUUGUAUGUGCAGAUGAAAUUAUAAAAUGUGUAUUCAAUGAGUUUUAUAAUGGAAAUACACAUAUUAGAUAAACAGCUUAUAAAUUUUAGUGUAAGUAUAGUAAAAUAUUUUCAGCUGAUAUCUUUAUCUCCAUUAUUGAAAAAAAAUAACUAUGUUUUUUGAGCUUAAGAAUUCAUAAUAAAGCACCUUUAUGUAAUUUUCAUGUA